GCGAUCUUGAAGCGGCGGAACAGAAAUUGAAGAGUGCCAAAGACCAAGAAAAAAAGCUCCUCAAUAAUGCUAUAGCUUUGACUCGAGAAAGAGAAAGACUCGAGAAGAAGAACAUGACCACGGACGAACGACGGCAGACGUUGUCUGCAAUUGAAGAUGAGAUGAAGGUGGUACUCCGCAGACACAAAGAGGUCGAAGCUCAAGUCGAGUAUGCGAAGACUCUCACUGUCAUACACAGGGCUUCGCUUGCAUAGGAGGUCUUCCGGAUAACCACCUACUAUAUAUAUCAUAUGAUGUAUAUCAAAUCAUCUGUUGUGACAAAGCAUCCAUUAUGUCGGACAAAGGAUCAAAGCAGCGCUAUACUUCGGAGGCGCCCCCUCUCUGCAGACAAAGAGACCAACAUACUGCCUGUCGCUGCUUACGAGCAUGUCACAACUACGCAAGAUUGUCCUGCUGUGGUGACGGGGAGGCACUCACCGGCAUCUACUGCUCGAUGGGAUUCUUUUCUUCAGCCCACAGGCUUGCGUUUUGUUUUCCUUCGUUCUACUUUGAAAGGCCACACACUAUUGCUGCAGAACAACACGCAUUCACUGUUGACAAUUACCUCCACUACUGAGUGUAGCUUGUUGAAAUUCAGUAUGGCGUCCAAAGUCUACUUCGACAGAGACCCUCUCCUCGAAUUUGAGGUCUUCCAUGACCUUAGAUUUCCACGACUUCGACUUCGUACGGGUGAGAUUAUCAGCGUGGGCAUCGCGGCCAGAGUCCUCCAUUUGCUCAAGAACAAACACGAUUAUUCUUGUAUACUCUGCCACCUCAAAGAGGAGUUCAAUGUUGAAUUCUGUGCAGAGGCUCUUGAAGCGGUCCUCGAGAGAAACUUCGAUGUGACAGACGAGACCCUUCCAGUUGGUGAAACAUUGAUCCCCGUCUCAUCGGAGACCAAUCACAGGGGUUUCGUGAAAGGGCAUGUUCUGCCCUCUGGUAUCUACUUCGAGAUCGUCAACCUUCGCGAUUCCGGGGCUAACUUCAUCAAACAGUAUGUCAGCACGCGCUGGGGCUUGUGCGUGCCCGAAAAUGUCAUCAUUGUCGCGAUCAAUGAAUGGGUACACCGGAUGGCCAUAGCCAAUCCAUUUAUACCUCCACCAGCAGAUGCUCGGCCGGCCCACGAUGGUCGCGUACUCGGUGAGUUGGCGACAACAGCAGAUGCAAGCUCUUCCAACAGAUCUUCCUUUGCGAACAAUCCGCCACCUGUCUACUCUCCGCCCCCGGUAUACCAAAAUGCACGCGGCCAACGAGUUGUUCUACGUCACCCACGUCAGGUCGACGCAAUCUAUCCCGAAGGCGAAGCGCAAGCUCCCCCAUACUCUGUGGGAAAUACGACGCCGCCUUCGUACGAAGGCGUUUCAUCCAUCGAAAGUGCAGAGUCGGGUUCGUUACAAGCCGCACCUACACAUUUGAGGCCAGUUGACGAAGCUACCGUGAGUGAGGUCUCUUCUGCGAACAACGCGGUCACACAAGUUCCAAGCAAGCCCAGACAUUCAACAGAAGAAACCCUCAUCAAAUAUUCUCGACAGAAUGUGAUCGACUAUCUGUUCGAUGGGAUGCAUGCCGCAAAUAUUUAUCCUGUCGACCCAUUUGACGAUCAGGAGAACUGACGCCAGCAAAAUUAUUCCCUGUUUACAGAGUUGGAGCUGGGCCUGAAAUCAAUCAAACAGGUCAGAGCAUAUCGAAACUCAUUGUAACCGUCAUCAG